GGAGAGGGCAGAGACUGGUAAUUCCCUGAGAACACAUCACCUCUUGGGGCACCGACGAGAGCUGAGGCAGCAGCGGGGGAUCCUGUGUCUGCGCGCCUUAGGGGACUUUGGACUUGACAUAAGGUUGGGUGGGAGCUAAUGCGCCCUGGCUUCCCACUCCAGAAUGAAGGGGAGAGUGGCAGCUCGGGCAUUGAUUGGCCCUGUCUGCCCAUGCUCGGAGCCCCUGCAUCAUACUGCAGUAUUCAUCAGACCUGACCAGUUGCUGUCCCCAGUCCUGGAGAGGAACCUGGAGCUGGGUUUGACAGGGGAGGGAUCCCGGGCUCCUCCCCUCUGCCCCCAGGAGCCAAAGGGGGUUCAACCUGGGGCUGACCAUGAUGCUUUCCCGGACCCCUCCUGCACUCCCGCCCACGUUGCUGCUAGUAUUGGCCCUGCUGAGCUCAGGCCAGGGGGAGCUGGCACCUCAGAUCGAUGGGCAGACAUGGGCAGAGCGGGCACUGAGGGAGAAUGAACGCCAUGCCUUCACCUGCCAGGUGGAAGGUGGGCAUGACCCUCCGAGGCUGGCCUGGUACCUGGAUGGACAAUUGCAGGAGGCCAACACAUCGAGGCUGCUGAGCGUGGGAGGGGAGGCCUUCACGGGUAGCACUAGCACUUUUACAAUCACUGCCCAGAGGGCUCAACACGAGCUGAACUGCUCCUUGCAAGAUCCAGACACCAGGAGGGUGGCCAAUGCCUCCGUCAUCCUUAAUGUACAAUUCAAACCAGAGAUUGCCCAGGUUGGGGCCAAGUACCAAGAAGCCCAGGGCCCAGGGCUCUUGGUUGUCCUGUUUGCCCUGGUACGUGCCAACCCACCUGCCAAUGUCACAUGGAUUGACCGGGAUGGACCUGUGACUGUCAACACUUCUGACUUCCUGGUACUGGAUGCCCAGAGCUACCCCUGGCUCACCAACCACACUGUUCAACUCCAGCUCCGCAGCCUGGCCCAAAACCUCUCUGUGGUAGCUUCCAAUGGCGUGGGCAUCACUAGCUCUUCUCUCCCAGCCCCAGGGCUCCUGGCCACCCAGGUAGAAGUGCCGAUGCUGGGAAUUGUUGUGGCUGGAGCCCUUGCUCUGGGAACUCUGGUGGGCUUCAGCACGCUGGUGGCCUGUCUGGUCUGCAGGAAAGACAAAAAGACUACAGGCACCUCUCGGCGACCAUCUCUCCUCUCCAGUGACUCCAACAACCUGAAACUCAACAAUGUGCGACUGCCUCGGGAAAACAUGUCCCUCCCCUCCAACCUGCAACUCAAUGAUCUCACUCCAGACUCCAGAGCCAAACCAGCUGAUGGACAGAUACCACAGAACACCAGGAGACCUGACAUCCUGGACCCUGAGAAUGGUGUCCUUUUCACCAGCCAAGGUUUUGUACAUCUUCCGAUGCUGGGCUACAUCUAUCGGGCAUCCAGUAUGAGCAGUGAUGAGAUUUGGCUGUGAGCAAGAGGGCAGGGUAGAGGGAAACCCUUUUGUUCCUCUGGGUACCCUUUGUUCCUCUCCUGAGUCUUCCCUUUCCCUCCUGGAUGGGAAGGUAAUUUUUGUUAUCCAUAUAAUGAGUUUGAUAGGUGUCGUUGGCACCUCAAAGUGGGAUCAGACUCUCUUAGGCCUGGAGUUGAGGCUGCCUAUGAGAACUGGUCAUUUCCUUUUUAGCUCAAUUUGGUCUUGGGGCUUGGGUAAUGAUGUAGCCAAUACCCAAGCUGAAUGAAUGCAGCUGUGCUCAAAUAGCAUGUGACUGCCAGGAGAGGGCACGACCUUUCCUGAGGCCCCAGAAUUCUACCUUGUGUUUCUUUAACACUUUAUACAAUGGAUAUGGGGAGCAUGCCAAGCUGGGUGGAUGGGGAGGAUGCUGCAUGCCCUUGCUCCUCUUUUAACUAUCUAGGCUGGGCAGGACUCAAACUGUUCCUUCCUUGUGUGCCAACCCUAGCACUGUGGCAUGGCCUAAGCUAAGCACAACCUCAUGUUUUUGGCUGAAAGCCUCCCUGCCAACCCCUACUUCUUCAUGGCUACUAUAUAUAGUGAUGGGAUGAGUGUGGGAGCUGGGCUUUCCUCACCUCCUUCAUGGACCGAAGGCAUCUUUGCCAUGAGCAGCGUUGGUUCUGGGCAUCAGCAAAAAUUAGGAAGAAAAGGAGGGAGGGGGUGCCCUCCAGAGGGCAUGAAGCUAUGCAUCUGCUCUUGCAAUGUCAGCACUUUAAGAAUGUCCUGUAGGGGAGGGGGCAUGACCAAGAGCCCCCAGAGCUUCUGCUUGUCUCUGACGUUUCUCCUACAUUUUUGAGACUUCCUAGAGAUUCACUGUGAGUGCCCUGGGCCCAACAGGCCUAGGGUUUCCCCUGUCAAAACUGUGCCUCUGCUUCCUCCCAUUCUUAUGUUCUUCUCAUCCCACUCCCACCCCUCCAACCCUCCAGCACUGAUUUGUCUGGUAACCAUCCUUUGGCGGCAAUAAACCAAGCUCAUCUUGUCCCACACGGCUGCCAUUUUUUUCUAGAGAAAAUUCUUUCCAGAGGAGGAUGUCCAUGGCUGAAAAAAAAAUCACUCUGUCAGUCAGUGUCAUUAAUGGUAUGCCUAGGGCUCCUGGGGGGUACAGUGGCAACCUGGGGAGGGAGCAAAUGGACACCAUGGGCACAGAGGGUACAACAUGGUUCUUGCCCAUAGGACACAUAAUCUUUUAGUUGAGAAGUCUGACUUAGAGUUGUAUGCAGGAAUCUAUUCUAAUGGAUUCACAAAAAUAAUUCUAGGGCUAACAUAAAGUGGCACUGACCUAACGUGUUUUUAUCGAGUCAGAAUCGGAGAGUUGUAAGAGCCCUCAACAGCUGUUGAGAGAGCUGUUUAAUCCAGCCUACAUAUGACAGGAAUCACCAUCAUUGCAUACCCAACAAAGUUCCUUUUUAAAAUACUGGCUGUUGGUUAGUGGGGGUUAUGCUGUCCCUGACUGGCCUGAUGAUGUUUAACCCAGCCAGGAAUAAAUAGGAGACAGGAAUUUGCCAAAGACAAAACCUGCCCUCCUUUUUCCCAGUCCAUCUACUGUAAGAAGGAGGUGCAGAGCAUCAAUCUAAGCAUAAAGGAGAGGCCACUGCUGAGUCUCAUACUGCCGCUUAGUGUCUUCUUGGACAUUAAGGGAUGCCUGGAUGUCUGCUUUCUAGAGCAAUGCCCCCAAAUGCCUCAAGGUCCUGGACAGAAUAAAUAUUCAUACAACAUCAAGAUGAUUUAAGAAUACUUAAAGGAACCUACAAAUGAUGGGAAUAUAGUACAGAGUAUAUUUUUAAUAUUUUAUAAAAAUGUAUUAUAUUAUUACAUAGCACCAUGUUGAUUACCUAGCAGGCUCUCAAUAAAAAGAUAGCCUUCGUGCAUAUUUAUAUUUUCUCCCCAAACAUACUGCAAAUUUAUUAAGGACAGGGACUAUGCCUUCUGUUUUGGGAGCAUCUGUGGAGUAGCCCAGGUAGUCCCAUAGCUUUUCAUUUUAGGGGGAAAAGAGACUAGACCUAUGGUUUCAAUAAAGUACCCCUUGAUGAGGAGACUCCAUCUAUGCAAGGUGUCAACUCCUGUGCUACUUAAGAGCUGCUGAGAGCAGGGUCAAAGUCGUGACUUGCCCAAGGUCACCCAGCCAGGAUGUAUCAGAAGUGGGAACUGAAUCCAACUUCGACAUAUUCUCUAUUCACUAGGCUGUGUUGCCUCUCAUGAGAACACAGAUCAACAAAACCAUUAGAUCCACAGAGCUGGUUAAGGGGCAGAACUGGGACAACCAGACCUCGGGACCAUGUUGGUCUUAUCUUCUCUCCCUACAGCUUUCCCUAUUCUCUGAAAUGGAUCAUAUUCGGGAAGCCUAAUCUAUCCUCUUUAUGUAGAUGUGGGGAGGGGUGGGGGAAACCCUUUUCCCUGUGGUUGACCUGAGACAAGGUUGGAAUUCUUUGAAAUUAAAUUUUACUAAUAAGGGAAUGAGGAAGCAGAGCAACCAAUGAGUUUAGAGUAAACAUUUCUGAGCCUACCUUUAACAACUGGCUUGUUUGGCACAGUUUAACAGGAAGAUUUUUUUCUUUUUAGGGUGGGGGUAGGGGGGCGGGGAGACCUUUUUGUUUCUCAGUAGCAGAUUCAAAGCCAUAAGAUUUAGAUCUAGAAGGGAUCUUAGAGGUCAGCUAGUUCAAAGCUUCUUAAACUGUAGGUCUCGACCCCAUAGGGGGUAUCAUAACUGAAAAAUUUGGCAACAGUAAAAGGUUAUAUAUGCCCGUUUUAUAUACCUAUAUACCAGGGGUUGCGUGAAAAUUUCUUAAAAGGGGUUGAGAGUAGGAAAGUUUUUAAAAACCCUAUUGAGUAGAAAAAGUUUAAGAAGCCCUGAACUAGCAUUCAACUCCCACAUUUUACAGCUGAGAUACAUCCAGGUUAAAGUCACACAAGUUUUAUACGGCAGACGUGGGAUUUAAUCUAGGUCUCCCAAUUCCAAAUCCAGCACCCUAACCCUAAUCACAAUGUCCUCCUGAAAUCUGUUUCUGGGUGAAGGGAGAAUAGUCUUUUUGGUGAAGUUUGGAGGUAGACUGUAUGUUGAACUAUUCCUUUUUUCCCUAGGUAGUCAGAAAAAUCAAUAGUAUUUUAGGAAGUAUCCUUUUUUACUUUUGGGGGGGAUUCCCAGCACAGAAUAAAUAUUUAAUAAAUGCUUGUGGAUUGAUUCAUCGCCAUCUUGCUUAGGAAGGUGACUGGUUAUUUAGGUAAUGAACAAGCAAGCAUAUAGGUUGGGACAACUAAAAAAUAAACAUGGAAUUGUGGAAUGGACAAAUGAACUCUGUCCAAUGCACUCUGCUGAGGCAAUCCAAAACUAGGUUCUGGGAAAAGUAGCAUUCUCAACACUGUUAGGUAAGGAGCAGGACUCCCUGGCACCUAACAAAAAGAUCUUACAUAAUAAUAACGUUGGAUUUGGACUAGAAAUAGAGGGUUGGUUCAGUAUUAGGAAAACUAUCAACAUAAUAGAAAUAAUCAUAAAAAUUACCAUAUCAAUAUAGAAAAAGCUUUUGACAAAAUGCAACACCCAUUCAUGAUUUUGUUUUUGGUUUGUUUUU